AUGAAUAUCCACGUUGAGCGACACACUUCGCGCCUCGAGCGAGCCCCUCGCACCAGUCGAGCCUGUUCGCUCUGCCAUGCUCGGAAGGUCAAAUGUGACAUUAGUCCAAGCAAGUCACAGUGCUCAAACUGCCAGCGUGAUGGUAUAGUUUGUGAACAAAGGCCACGACAACGAAAGACACAUCCUCCCAAAGCGAAGGUUCCACCUUGGAAGAGCCCUGUGAGCAGCCCAAAUGUCGCUAUUGAACAUGCUCAGAAUCAGAUCCUGGCGUCCAUGACCAAUCUUCGCACAAUGCAUCAGGUAGCAGCAUCACAAAAUGAAAGUGAAAUGCACCACGAGAUAGAGGUAUCUCAACAACCGCAGCGCCCUUUAGUGACUGGCACCCAAGGCGAGACCAACCAACAUCAGAAUCAUUCGCCUUCAGGGAAAUCAAUUUCCAGUACUUGUAGCAGCUACGAGUGCGGUUACAUGCAACGCUCAACGUACAUUGCCCCAGAUGAUUUGAGGGCGGAAGACGGUUCGGAGAUUAACUAUCCUGCGCCUCCUCAGUCUGAAACCACUCACAAGAUAGCUAUACUCCAAAACGCUUUCAAACUCCCCCCACGCGCAGUACGGGAGUCACUGUUUGAGAAUUUCUGGACGCACUGCUAUGUCUGGGACCCGAUUAUCGAUCGAUCGCAGAUUAUUGGCAAAGAUCUGGAGAACUUAUCGCCUCUCUUGCUUCAAACCAUCUUUCUGGCGGGAAGUCGUAUCGCAUCGCCGUCUCAGCCUCGCCUUUUCGCCACCUCGGAGGAUUAUUAUACGCGAGCAAAGACACUAUUUUGGCUCGAUUAUGAAAAGGAUCCAAUGAAUCUCCUAAUUGCCUCUUCCUUGAUGCAUUGGUGGAAUCCGCAUGGGCCAGAACGAGUAUCUACCAAUACCAGUAGCUUUUGGUGUCGAAUCACUGUCAGCUUGGCUCAGCAAAUGGGUCUCCACCGUAGCGCAAAGGUCGUCCCAAAUGAAUCUCUGCGACGCCGGAUAUGGUGGUCCAUCGUGGCCCGCGACUGCCUAAUUAGCGUCGCUCAUGGACGGCCGCAGGCCAUUAGCAUUGAGGAAUCUGAUAUCCCUCGACCUACUCUGGAGGACUUCCCGGAAGUGCCAUCAGUAGGAGCAUUUUUUGUUGCCUAUGUCGAAUUGUCUCUGAUCAUGGGACGGUUCACUCGACAUGAGAUCCAAAAGUCAUCCUCCAAAGAUCUGAACACUGCAAUCGAAGACGCACUAUAUCGCUGGACGAGAAAUCUUCCUGAGCAUCUCCAGCUAUCCAAUCGCAGCACCAACGGCUCAAACUCAUCAUUAUGUCAAUCUGUGAAAUCUUAUACCCUGGAAAGUCGGCAACUGAAUGUUCUAUACUUCACGACCAUCAUUCUCAUUUACCGCUCUAAGAGUCUCGAUGGCCCUUUCCCUACAGCAGCUGUUAUGGCAGCUUCUACGGUGGCGGGAAUCAUUGAAGACUUUGUCGCUCGUGACGAAGUGCGAACUCUGGGACCAUGCUUCAGCUUCCACAUCCUAACCGCUUCGAUCGCCUUACUUUCAUGUUAUCCGUACCCUCAGCUAUGGGUACUCGCCCAGGAAGAUCUCAAGGCUUUGGCACAGGGUCAAGAAGAACUGCAAAAGAGAUGGCCAACAGUGCUUGGCAGCAUCGCAAGUUUCGAGCGCAUGCUCAAGUACUGUAUCGCAACACAGAAAAAAGUGACUGGGACACCGCAAAGCUCUCUAACUCCAUACCAGGCCGUAUUUUUUGAUACAAUCGAUGUAACAUUAUGCCGGCUAUACCGUCCUCUGACAUUGAAGCUCGAUGACGCAAGUCUGUCCCCGACUUACUUUGACAUGAAUAGUCAGGCACUUGUUCAGACUCUGAGAGGUGAAAACCAAUUGCCUUCAAUGGCGUCGAUAUACAGUCACGGCGAUCUCAUCGACCGGGCGACCUUUCUAGGCCACGAACAGCCUGUAGAUUUAUUGGGAACAGACCAGAUGUUUCCAGAGGACACAUUGAUUUCGAACGGGGCUAUGGGAGAUUGGCUAUUCUGGGAACUACCAAAUCUUACUGGAGCAUAA